UGGUUGCCACUGACAGAUUGCAGUCGGUGUGCACAUAGGUUCUGUUUUUGAAAUGUAUUGAACGAUACAUAUAGAUUAUUUUUAUAACAUUUGCACUAUAUGUUUCAUAUUUUCCCUGCUUGUUGCCGUUGUUUGUGAUCAUGGAUUUCAAAAAGAAGGCUGAGUUACUGCAAAAUCCUACUAAAGAGAGGUUUUCUCUGUUGCUUCUAGAUGUGGAAGAAUAUUUUUUUGAACAACAUUUAGCUUAUCACAUAUCCAAAGGACCAGGUAAACAUGACAGAAAAAUAUGUGGUUCACUUAAAAUAUGCUCAAAAUCUCUUAUCUUUGAGCCAGAAGAAAUCUCAGAACCCAUAAUUAAGAUUUCAUUGCGUGACUGCAUGAAAAUACAGGAAUUGAAACAGGGAGAAGACGAGUUGUUACUUACAAAUGAAACUCAUAAGAAAUUUUUUGUGGAAUUUAAUCAGGUGUACCUCAUUAAAGAGCAAAACAUUGUGGCUCCAUACAAAAUACAACGUGGCAAUAAUAUGUAUAUAUUUCAGUUGGGAGAUUCCAGGAAGAUUGAUGAUGUUUUACAGACAUUGCUUCAGCUUCAAAGAGCUUCCCGCCUUGAAAAACUCGGAGAUCAGACUGCUAUGAUAACCGCUAUCCUCCAGUCACGCUUGGCAAGAACCUCAUUCGAUAAAAACAGCUUUCAAAGUAUAUCUGAAACUUUAAAUAUGGAAUGUGAAGCAGAAAUGGUAACUCCACUUGUCACCAAUCCUGGCCACGUUUGCGUCACUGAUAAGCGCCUCUAUUUCCAGCCUUUAAAUAGUUACCCAAAACCUGUAGUUUUUAUUAAUCUGCAUGAUAUUCGAAGGAUAUACAAAAGAAGACAUGGGUUGUUGCCAGUGGGACUGGAAGUAUUUUGCAGUGAAAAUGACUUGUGCUCAGAAAUUUAUCUUAAAUUUUACAAUUCCUUAGAUCGGGAUCAAAUUUAUUUCUACACUGCUGCCUAUCUUGUCUUUAAUUUUAUUAUAGAUGAGGCACCUAAAAUGCAACGUUAUCAUGAAAUGCCAGAUCCCAAAUUUAUUUAUGGAAGUCAUUAUUCCUCUCCGGGUUAUGUGCUGUUCUACUUGGUUAGAGUUGCACCAGAGUACAUGCUUUGCAUACAAAAUGGGAAGUUUGAUCAUGCUGACAGAACAUUUAACAGUAUUGCAGAGACCUGGAGGAACUGUCUGGAAGGGGUGACUGACUUCAAGGAGCUAAUUCCAGAAUUCUAUGGGAGUGAUUCAGGCUUUCUUUUAAACAGUUUGAAACUUGAUUUGGGAAAGCGUCAAGGAGGAAAGUUAGUUGACGAUGUUGAGCUUCCACCUUGGGCAUCAGGUCCUGAAGAUUUCUUAGAGAAAAACAGAGAUGCCUUAGAAAGUCAGUAUGUAUCUGAACAUCUCCAUGAAUGGAUUGACUUAAAAUUUGGCUGUAAGCAGAGAGGUGUUCAAGCUAUUGAGGCUAAUAAUGUUUUCCAUCCAGUUACAUAUGAAGGAGAAAUUGACUUCAAUAGCAUUGAAGACCCUGAUCACAAAAUUGCAAUGCUAACACAGAUCUUGGAAUUUGGUCAGACACCAAAGCAGCUUUUUACUAAACCUCACCCGAAAAGAAUUAUCCCAAAGUGUAAAAGUGUCUCGCGCUCAUCCAGUCAGAAUAUGUCCACGGGUGAAUCAAUAGUUUCCCUCAGUGAGGAAUCUUUUGAAGAUUUGACAGAAGAAAGCAAGUCGCUUGCCUGGAGCAACAUCACAAAGUUUAAGAUUGAAAGUGCACACAAGAUUCACAAAGAGGCUGUCACUGGAAUUGCAGUGUCUUGCAAUGGGUCAUCAAUCUUCACUACUUCUAAAGAUUCAUCAUUGAAGAUGUUUUCUACAGAUCAAAAAUCUAUUCAAAGAAGUGUUUCUUUCUCAAAUAUGGCAUUAUCCUCAUGUGUCCUGCUACCCGGUGAUACAACUGUUAUGUGCUCCUCCUGGGACAACAAUGUAUAUUUUUAUUCUAUCGCAUUUGGAAGAAGACAAGACACUUUAAUGGGACAUGAUGAUGCUGUUAGCAAAAUUCAGUGGUCCAAAGAUAGAUUAUACACAGCAUCCUGGGAUUCUACUGUAAAGGUGUGGAACUAUGCUACAGCUGAUACAUGUGGAACAAAGAAAAACCAGUUUGAACUGAUGAAUGAAAUAGAACACGAUGCUGGUGUAAACACAAUUGCCUUGAAUUCUGAGAGUUCUCUUUUGGCAUCAGGGACUAAGGAAGGCUCUGUGGCUAUUUGGGACAUUACAACAUCCACCAUGUUGCAUCAGCUUACUUGCCACUCUGGGACUGUUUACGACAUGGCAUUCAGUCCUGAUAGUAGACAUGUUCUUUCUACGGGGAAAGAUGGUUGCCUGAAAGUAAUUGACGUUCAAACAGGAAUGCUCAUCUCCUCUCUACCAUCAGGGGAAGAGCAAAGGUGUUUCUGCUGGAAUGGUCAUACUGUUUUGUCUGGAAAUGAAUCUGGUGAAUUGCUUGUUUGGGACCUACUAGGAGGAAGAGUAAUUGAAAAGAUACCAGGACACACAGAUGCUGUAAAAUGUAUCUGGAUGAAUGAAUCAUGCAAUACAAUAAUCACUGGAGGAGCAGACAAACAAAUUAUCUUCUGGAAACUAGCGUACUGAUCCAUAUGCCCUUCAUUGUUUGCACUUUUUAGAACCUGCACAAACUUGAAAAUAUUUUAAAAACGCGAACCUUUUAUGUAUUCUAGAAUUAAUGUGUACCCUUGUACGACAUUACCCGAGUCUAAACUUCUGCUUUGUUCAUGUCUCUCACCCCAGAUUUUCUUUUACUGUUUUUGUUCUACUUUACUGUCUGUCUCCAAUGGAUUUAUGUAUUACAGAUUAGUAUUAGAUCUGUCAAGUAGGGAGACCAAGUAAUAAAAAACUUCUCUUUUUUAAAGGGUUGAGAGCCUAGGGAAAUAAGUGUGUAUAAUUUUUGCAGUACCAGAAGGGCAGGCCCUUCAAAUGCUGUUAAACUUAUUCCAAAGCAUGAAAUCUAUAAUGGGUGGACAACGGGUAACAUUUUUUGAGAGCUAGAUAAGAAUGUUUUUAUUUAUCUUCUAGGGAUGUGCGUUCGAAUCCGAAUAUGGAAGAAAGGAGCCGCUCGUUCCCUUUGGAUAUUUUUGUAGCCUGGAUAGAUUCUUGUAAAAUAACUCCACUCUAAGAUCUGCGCAAAUCUAGAUUGUGGGGAUCUUUUACAGGAUUCAAUCCGCUAUGAAAAUAUCUGAAGGGAAUGAGUGGCUCCUCACUAACGAACCAAAUGCACAUCCUUAAUAUCUACAUAAAAAAAAAAAAAAAAAAAAAAACACACACAAAGAAAUGUCACAGGUAAAAUUCUAAGAACCAUGGCUAUCUAGCUUCCAGGAUUUGUCAACCCUACAUUAUAAUCCACGAAAAGUAGUGUCCGCUAACAAUGAAUAUAUAAAUAAGUGAAUGGCAACUUGAAAUAUUUAAGCUCUUAUAGAGCACAGGCAUAUUUUACAUUGUUUCAUUUAAACAAACCACACAAUAAAAAGUUAAUUUUCAA